ACAAGCUGACGCGUUUGAUAUAUUUUUACGCUAUAUGAUAUAAAGAUAUUUAAUAAUUUAGUUAUUUUUUUUUAGAUAUCAAGAAUAUGAUUAAUCUAAUGGCUAAAACAAAAGGAGACAAUAGUGACCCCAGUCAGCAAAAUGUAAAAUCUCUGCAGACUGACAGUAUAAGUCGAGCAGAACCUCAAUCCUGUCUCCUCAGGUUGUUUUUGGCUGCCGGGAAUUGAAUUCGCUUAAUUAGAUGUAACGUGAGAAACGGAUAUCGUUUCACUUGUGAUUUAUAUCAUUUAAUCAUUUUUAAUCGCCAUUCACGGAAUACGUUCUAUCUCAAUCCCAUCGAUCGGAUGCGCGCGUUGAGAAUAAAUGUGAUAACUGAAGAAGACGGGUGUGACAGACAUCGUGUUGCUUUCGAUAUUACGAUUCUACGAAGUCUAUCAGUACAGAAAUUUUUUUUGUGUGGAGGAGUUAACCAAUCAGUCGGCGACUGACACGAUAGAUUGAUGACUGUCUGGUUAGCUGGAGCAUAAAAAAGAAUCUUGGAUCAAUAAAAGAAGAAGAUGAACUCGGCAAAGUCUAUGAUAAACUCUACACGAGACUAGACAAGGACUCGGUGACGGCCAGGAUGGAGAACAAGAAAUCUAUUGUCUACGUGGGGUAUAGCGUCGUCGUCGUCGCCCUCUAUGCCUUCGCCAUGUAUAGGGCAAUGAAGACCCAAGUCGGGUUAGUGACUACAGCCUUUAUCACUGUUAUCAUCACCUGUGUCUUUCUCAUGGGCUUCCUGCUCUGCGAUGGGAUGUUGCGUCUGUGUCAGAUGCUAGUUAUGUAUGCAGUGUCUGGGGAGAGCUUCUGGUAUAUACUGAGGAAUUACUUUGCUCUUAAUAUCGUUUCGGCGACGAUUCUCGUCGUCAGCAUGCUGAUGCUCUCCAUCUACAGCAUCAUUGAGCGCAGGUUCCUGUUAGACUAUGCUUGGGACUUUGGAUCCUCCGUGUGUAUGCCACUAAUAGGACUUGCCUUUUGUCUACUUAGAAUAAGUAAUCUGGCUGAGUGGGAACUAAAAUCGCUUGAUCUCAAUGUUGUAAAAGGUUUGGACUAUGGCACAGGUAUGGCGUACAGCUUUUACUAUGGGUACCUACGAUUGAUACUACCAUACACUGGCACUGCUACAAAAGGCAUAAUUGAGAAAAUCGAAAACUUUGAAGACAACCACAACGUGACGUUUCCAGUGCAUAAACUGUUUAUAUUGAUACCAUCAUCUGGGUAUGUCCCACCAGACUUGAAGGAGGUGUCCUAUCAAUGGAUGGAGAGUGUCCACAAGUUGGAGGAAGAGCAACGCAGUCGAGCUGGUAACAUAGGUAGAUUGUAUUUUAACAACGCCUACAAGAUAUAUCCCGAUGGAAGAAAUUCGAACAAUGAUCCAGUGUAUGUGGUGGUGGAAGGAGCGUCACCCUUAUUGACGUACUAUGAGGUACAGCAGCACAAUCAUCCAGAAUCUAUCACAUAUAAACAAUAUAAAUCUGAUAUUAUUCAUAAAUUCCAUAUAAAACUGGGAGAAAUUUUACAAAGUAAUCCGGAAACCAGGGGUCUGUGUGAAUUAAUUUAUUAUGACGAUUACGACGAGAACGGAGAUAAAGUUAACGUUGCGAAAAUAUUAUUAGAAAGAAUAUCCAAAAUAAGAGACUCUCUGAAAUAAAUAUCCAAAGAAAUUAAGUGACAUGUAUGUGUUAAAUGGGAUAAAUGUUAUAACACAUACUUGUGUGUGAUAAUGUAUUAUGAUUGUUCUCUGUUUAUGAAUUUUGUAAAGACUGUUGUAUAUUGAAUUUACCCACAAAAUUGAUCUACAAUGCAAAAUAGAAGCAUUUGAUAAGCAAUAUCCUAUUUUGUUCAAGAGCUUUAGUAUUUAUGGAGCUAAUUUUAUGUAUAACAGUCUUUAGCGCAACUGAUUAAAUUCAUUAUAAAAGCAUAUAUGAUGUACAAAUGUUGCAUGUUAAAUUAAAAGUUAUUCAAUCAUUUUAUAUUUUAUUCACAAAAAAUAAUCUUUUUUUAUAUUUUUACCUGCUCGCAGGCUUCGAGUGGUUUUUAUAACGAAUUUUUUUAUAUACAUAAGUGAAAAGUUUUGUGAUUAUAAUAGCAUUCUUUUAGAAGACUUACAUUUUUUUUUCAAAGAUGGUGUUGACAAUUUAACAUUAUAUUGAAGCACAAGCUAAAAUUUUGUAGAAUUCUUUGCAUAAUUAGAAAAUUAUGAAACUUUAUUCAAUUUUUUUUCAUUGUGCACAAAAAUAUGUUUAUAUAUAUAACUUGAUAGUCUGUUGCAAGAUAUAUUUUUGUUAAAAAAUGUAGUCACAACUUUUCAUUGCUCAGUUUUUCUUACUUCAUGUAGUAUUUAAGUAUCUUAUGCGAUCUUAUGUGUACAAAAUAAUAAAGAAGUAAAAUAUAUAUUGUAUAUGUA